GAUCUCAGUAUCCCAACAAAACACACAACAAAUCCAUUUUUGUCCUGGAUCUCAGGUCCACCCUUCUUCUAGUUCCCUCUCACUCACUCUCUCCACAACCAAGCCAGUCAUGAAAUUCCCAUUUCUUAACCAACCCACUCCUCUCCCAAACCAUUCAUUCAUUUGCAAUUCCUAUUUCACUUUCUUGUAACAUCAAGCUUCAUUUUUUUAAAUGCUAGACGUUUGUUUAAGCUAACAUAAAAAAAAUGUCUUUGUCUACAAACUCAUCCAAGAUUUAAUAUAUGUUACUUGAUCUUUAUAUUUUGUUGAUUCCCAGAUUGAUCUGAUGCAAAUACUUGGUGGGUUUUUUUAGGAGGAGCCAGAAACCGGGUCUGCUGUUUUCAUUGCGCCAAUGAAAAGGUCAGUGCGUCCGCUUUUUAGCAUUCUACUGCUCGUUGUAUUUGCUCUGACUCUCAGCUGCAGGAUCCUAAUCCCCCGUGGUGACGGGGUUGGCUUCAUUGAGUUUGAGAAACCCAAAUUGAUUCUACAGAAAAAAGUUCCAGUUUUUAAUUCCACGUUGCUGAAAUAUUCAGCUAUUGAUAUAGGAGAAGAACAAGCGAAGCAUGAAAUAGAAGAGUUAUUAGAAGGGAACUUUGAUAGUCGAGGAAGGUAUAGGUCUUUUGCUACUUGGAGGAGGUUUAAUCAUCAUGAUGUUAGAGCAAGAUCAUCUAGGGGUAUCCCAUUAAUGCUUAGGUCUCCUCAGUUUUAUAGGUAUUGGUUAGAUUUUAGGAGGGCUUUGCAUGAUUGGGCUCGAAAGAAGAGGUAUCAGCCUGAAAUAAUGGAUGAAUUGAUGGGGCUUCUGAAGGGUCCUAUUGAUAGGCAUAAUGGAUUGGUGGGUUCGGAAAGGCGGUAUGGUUCUUGUGCUGUAGUUGGGAAUAGUGGGAUUUUGAUGCAGAAAGAGUAUGGAGAGUUGAUUGAUCGUCAUGAGGUUGUAAUCCGAUUGAACAAUGCGAGGACGGAGAGAUAUGAGAGAAAUGUGGGGGCGAAAACUAAUAUUUCUUUUGUAAAUAGCAAUAUUUUGCAUCUUUGUGGAAGGAGGCAAGGUUGCUUUUGUCACCCAUAUGGGGCUAACGUCCCUAUGGUUAUGUAUAUCUGUCAACCAGCACAUUUCUUGGACUAUACUGUUUGUAAUUCAUCUCACGAUGCGCCAUUGAUUGUCACUGAUCCGCGCUUUGACUUGUUGUGUGCGAGGAUUGUGAAGUAUUAUUCCUUGAAACGGUUUGUGGAGGAGACAGGGAAGUCAUUGGAUGAAUGGGGCUCUGCUCAUGAUGGUUCUAUGUUUCAUUAUUCUUCUGGUAUGCAAGCUGUGAUGCUUGCAGUGGGGAUUUGUGAUAAAGUUAGUAUUUUUGGGUUUGGAAAAUCAGCUUUGGCUAGGCAUCACUAUCAUACUAAUCAAAAGGCUGAGCUUAAGUUACAUGAUUAUGAGGCGGAGUAUGAUCUUUAUCAUGAUUUGGUGAACAAUCCACAGGCAGUACCUUUCAUUACGGACAAGUUCAAGUUUCCUGCUGCUGUAAUUUAUCAAUGAUUUUUCAGCAGUUGAAUCCUUUUGGUUUUGUUGGAUUAAUUGAUUGGUUGCCAGGCUCAAAUUUCUUUAUUGUUGUAAUUGUUUUUCGUUCCACAAGAUAGUUAUGGAAAGCAGUUGAAGAUUUCUGUUGCAUAUGCUGACCCUGUACUAUCUAAGAUAGUCUAGGGCAAUACUAAUUUAAAGCUGGAAUCCAAGAAAAUGGUUUCAAGAAUCUUAAGUUGUUCAUUUGCUUUUACAAUAUUGAAAAUGCUCCUGUUGUGUUCUUCAA